CCGGCGCCGGCGCCGCUCUCCGCGGCCAGCGCUCCGCACAGGGUCGGCCGCCGCGUGCCCGUCUCGGCCGCGGCCUCACCGUGCCCCCGGGCGGGCCAUGGAGGCGGACGGGGCCGGCGAGCAGAUGAGACCGCUACUCACGAGGGGUCCUGAUGAAGAAGCCAUUGUAGAUCUUGGCAAAACUAGCUCAACCGUGAACACCAAGUUUGAGAAAGAAGAACUAGAAAGCCACAGAGCUGUAUAUGUUGGCGUUCAUGUACCAUUUAGUAAAGAAAGUCGUCGGCGUCACAAACAUCGAGGGCACAAGCAUCACCACCGGAGAAGAAAAGACAAAGACUCCGAUAAAGAAGAUGGACGGGAGUCUCCUUCUUAUGACACACCGUCACAGAGGGUGCAGUUCAUCCUCGGGACUGAAGACGAUGAUGAGGAGCAUAUUCCCCAUGACCUCUUCACAGAGAUGGAUGAGCUCUGCUACAGAGAUGGAGAAGAGUAUGAAUGGAAGGAGACUGCCAGGUGGCUGAAAUUUGAAGAGGAUGUUGAAGACGGUGGUGACCGAUGGAGUAAACCCUAUGUGGCAACUCUCUCCUUGCACAGUCUCUUUGAAUUGAGGAGUUGUAUCCUAAAUGGAACAGUCAUGCUGGAUAUGAGAGCAAGCACUCUUGAUGAAAUAGCAGAUAUGGUGUUAGACAACAUGAUAGCCUCUGGCCAGUUAGAUGACUCCAUAAGGGAGAAUGUCAGAGAAGCUCUCCUGAAGAGACAUCAUCAUCAAAAUGAGAAAAGAUUCACCAGUCGGAUUCCCCUGGUUCGAUCUUUUGCAGAUAUAGGCAAGAAACAUUCUGAUCCUCACUUGCUUGAAAGGAAUGGCGAAGGCCUGUCAGCCUCUCGCCACUCUUUGCGAACAGGUCUGUCUGCCUCAAACCUUUCCUUGAGAGGAGAAUCGCCUUUAUCUCUUCUUCUCAGUCAUCUUCUUCCUUCUUCGAGAGCUGGAACCCCUGCAGGCUCGAGGUGUACCACCCCAGUGCCCACUCCCCAGAGCAGUCCUCCUUCCAGCCCUGGCUUAAGUCGCCUGGCCUCCAGAAGUUCCCACCAGAGUCAGCCUCAGGCCCCAGAACUACUGGUGUCACCCAACAGGGAUGAUAUUCCCAGAGUAGUAAUUCAUCCGCCUGAGGAAGACAUAGAAGCACUCAAAGCCCAAGAGCAGAAGACUGAGGAAAAUGUUGACUUCACUCCAGGGAUUUUGGCUUCUCCACAGUCUGCUCCUGGGAACUUGGAUAAUAGUAAAAGUGGUGAAAUGAAAGGUAACGGAAGUGGAGGAAGCCGAGAAAAUAGUACUGUUGACUUUAGCAAGGUCGACAUGAAUUUCAUGAGGAAAAUUCCCACAGGAGCUGAGGCUUCCAAUGUUUUGGUAGGAGAAGUGGACUUUUUGGAGAGACCUAUCAUUGCAUUUGUGAGACUGGCUCCUGCAGUUCUCCUUUCCGGGUUGACAGAGGUCCCUGUGCCCACUAGGUUUUUGUUUCUGUUACUGGGCCCAGCAGGGAAGGCCCCACAAUAUCAUGAAAUUGGGAGAUCUAUAGCUACUCUCAUGACUGAUGAGAUUUUUCAUGAUGUAGCUUAUAAAGCAAAAGAUCGAAAUGACCUCUUAUCUGGAAUUGAUGAAUUUUUAGAUCAAGUAACUGUCCUUCCUCCAGGAGAGUGGGAUCCUUCCAUACGCAUAGAGCCACCAAAAAGUGUUCCUUCUCAGGAAAAGAGGAAGAUUCCUGUGUUUCCCAAUGGAUCUGCUCCAGUGUCUACUGAGCCUCCUAAGGAGGCUGCUCAUCACGCUGGGCCUGAGCUGCAGAGGACUGGACGGCUUUUUGGUGGUUUGAUACUUGACAUCAAAAGGAAAGCACCUUUUUUCUUGAGUGACUUCAAGGAUGCAUUAAGUCUGCAGUGCCUGGCCUCGAUUCUUUUCCUAUACUGUGCCUGUAUGUCUCCUGUAAUCACUUUUGGAGGGCUGCUUGGAGAAGCUACAGAAGGCAGAAUAAGUGCAAUAGAAUCUCUUUUUGGAGCAUCAUUAACUGGGAUUGCCUAUUCAUUGUUUGCUGGGCAACCUCUAACAAUAUUGGGGAGCACAGGUCCAGUCCUAGUGUUUGAAAAGAUUUUAUUUAAAUUCUGUAGAGAUUAUCACCUUUCCUAUCUAUCAUUAAGAACCAGUAUUGGUCUGUGGACUUCUUUCUUGUGCAUUGUAUUGGUUGCAACAGAUGCAAGCAGCCUUGUGUGUUACAUUACUCGGUUUACAGAAGAAGCUUUUGCAGCUCUCAUUUGUAUCAUAUUCAUCUAUGAAGCUUUGGAGAAACUCUUUCAUUUAGGAGAAAUAUAUGCAUUUAAUAUGCACAACAACUUGGAUGAACUGACCAGUUACACAUGUGUAUGUACUGAGCCGUCUAACCCUAGCAAUGAAACUAUAGAACUGUGGAAGAGAAAGAAUGUGACGUCACACAGUAUUUUUUGGGGAAACCUCACUGUAUCCGAGUGUAAGGCCUUCCAUGGUAUGUUUGUGGGAUCAGCCUGUGGUCCUCAUGGACCUUAUGUUCCUGAUGUACUCUUCUGGUGUGUCGUCCUGUUUUUCACGACGUUCUUUCUAUCUUCAUUUCUCAAGCAGUUUAAGACCAAGCGUUAUUUUCCUACCAAGGUACGAUCAACAAUCAGUGACUUUGCUGUAUUUCUCACAAUAGUAAUAAUGGUUGCAAUUGACUACCUUGUUGGAAUUCCAUCUCCUAAACUUAAUGUUCCUGAAAAGUUUGAGCCUACUGAUCCAAGUAGGGGCUGGAUCAUAAGCCCUCUGGGAGAUAACCCUUGGUGGACAUUACUAAUUGCAGCUGUCCCAGCUCUCCUUUGUACCAUUCUCAUUUUUAUGGAUCAGCAGAUUACAGCUGUAAUCAUCAACAGAAAAGAACACAAACUCAAGAAAGGAGCUGGCUAUCACCUUGACUUGCUCAUGGUUGGUGUCAUGUUGGGAGUCUGCUCUAUCAUGGGCCUGCCAUGGUUUGUGGCUGCAACAGUGUUGUCUAUAAGUCAUGUCAACAGCUUAAAAGUAGAAUCUGAAUGUUCUGCUCCAGGGGAACAACCCAAGUUUCUGGGGAUUCGUGAACAGCGGGUUACAGGGCUGAUGAUUUUUAUCCUGAUGGGCCUCUCUGUGUUCAUGACUUCAGUUCUAAAGUUUAUCCCAAUGCCAGUUCUAUAUGGCGUUUUCCUUUAUAUGGGAGUUUCAUCAUUGAAAGGAAUUCAGUUUUUUGACCGUAUCAAACUAUUUGGAAUGCCUGCCAAGCACCAGCCGGAUCUCAUCUACCUCCGCUAUGUCCCGCUGUGGAAGGUGCAUGUGUUCACUGUUGUCCAGCUGACCUGCCUCAUCCUGCUGUGGGUAAUCAAAGCCUCUGCGGCUGCAGUAGUUUUCCCCAUGAUGGUUCUUGCACUAGUCUUUGUGCGUAAGCUUAUGGAUCUGUGUUUCACAAAGAGAGAACUCAGUUGGCUUGAUGAUCUCAUGCCAGAAAGUAAGAAAAAGAAAGAAGAUGACAAAAAGAAAAAAGAGAAAGAGGAAGCUGAGAGGAUGCUUCAGGACGAUGGGGAUACUGUGCACCUUCCAUUCGAAAGAGGAAGUCUCCUACAAAUUCCAGUUAAAACCCUAAAGUACAGUAUUGACCCUUCAGUUGUUAACAUAUCAGAUGAAAUGGCCAAAACUGCCCAGUGGAAGGCACUUUCCAUGAAUACUGAGAAUGCCAAAGUAACCAGACCUAACACGAGCCCUGAAAAGCCUGUGAGUGUGACAAUAAAUUUCGAAGAUGAACCAUCAAAAAAAUACAUGGAUGCCGAGACUUCAUUGUAAAGUCAAACCAAAAGGAAUAUAUAGAGAUAUAUGCCUGUCUGUCUGUAUAUACAUAUAUAUAUAUAUAUACACACACAUGUAUAUGUAUAUAUAUAUAUAUAUAAUGCACAUGUGCCAUGCCAUCGUGUAUAACAGUACUGCAUGUCAUGCGGUUUAUGCGUGACAAUGGGGCUCUUUGAAGUAGCAUCUGAUGUUUGUUGUAAGCACCAUGGAGACUAUAUUAAUGAAAUGGUCUCUUAGAAGCGAGGUACAUGGUUUUUACUCUUCAGAUAUUUAUUUUCUUGGGGGUAAAGCCUUUAUGUUAUGCAAUAGAACUAUGUGGAAAACUGUAUUCAAUCUGAUUUUCUUAAAUCUCUUUGUCAGUGGCAAUCAUAUCAACCUUAAGUAAUACAUACUUAGACUAUAUAUUUAUAAUUUUGACCUCAAUUUUGAAAGAUUAUUAUUUCCCUUUUGGUAGUGUUUUAUAGGUAGAAUAAGGAUUCUGCCCUUGUUGUGGGAAAAUGACAUGUCCUGGCUUCUCUUUGAGCUUCCUUCAUGUAGCUAACCCAUCAUACUUCACAGGUGGUGAACACAGAUGUGAUUAUAAAUUACUGGAGACUUUAUAGGUAGGAACUUUAUGUAUUUGGAGUUUAUUUUAAAUUUUAAAACUUGUCUGGGCUUCCAUUCUGAUGGACAAGUAAAAAGCAAAGUAUAUGUGAUUUCUAAUUUAACAACCACACCGUUCAUAACGUUUUGAGUUUUAGAAGCUAUAAAGUUCCCAUUUGUAGUAGUUAAAUUUUGUUACCUUUUCUAAUACUCAUACUUUUCUAGAAACCUAGAGUUCCACUGUUCUUUGUCUUUGCUCUCUUUUACUUAAAGGGGUCUAGUGGCGUCAGGUUCAGGUAUCUUUCUGUUGUAAGUAGUAAUGAAGAGUCAGCAUCCUUUUAAAUGGGCUUGUAAUCAGUGACCUUUUAUGAGAAUUACCUUUCAUUUUCUGUUGUUAUUCUUUCUAUUGUAUGCAAUAUAUUUAAUAGGUUGGUAUCCACAGUUUCCUUUUAAGAUAUUUUAUUUAUUCUAAUUGAUGUGAUACUUAAAUAUUAUAUAAAUAUUUGAGACAGUAACAAAUACAGAGUCAGUUGAUCCUGUUGUAGCUAUUUGGUGCUCACUUGCAUUCUGUUUAUUACCUGAAAUCAGUGACAAACUUAUAUCUUGGAUAUAAAGCACUGCCAUAUUUGCAUUUUAAAAGGAAGUUGGAUAUUUUCUGUGCAGUUUAGAUCCAUGGCAUUGUUUCUGUUCUGUGAUGGCAUUGAGGCUCCAGUGUUUCUGACCUGUCUUUUAAACACGAAGCAAAUUGUCAUCUUUUAUAUACUCUUAGCUCCCCCACGGAAUAAAUAUUGUUUCAGCCUGCGGGACAAAAUGAUUAGGGCUGUGAAACUGAUAGGACAGGAGGAUAAAUAAUACACAGAAACAGUGUGAAGACCCCGGAACACUGAAGGUGAUGGGGACAUGAAAUUAGGACAAAUGUUUUAAAGAAAUUCUGAUGUUCCCUAGUCAUUUCAAACUAAAGUACAAAAGUAUGAAGAAAUGAAUAGAAUUGUCCAGAGUGGAUAUUUCUAGCAAGUAGUUUUAGUUCAUUCUAAACUAUGUUCCAAUUAGUGUAAUUCCCUCAUCUGAGAUCACAUAUUGGAUUCUAGUUAAAAUAGUAGCUGGCACCAUCCGGUACUAUCUGAGUUCUGUUGGACUCCCUUAACCUAUGAUGGGGAGUGUUGCCAUGGUGCUUGUGGUCAUUGGUGACCUCCACUGUAGUGAUUCCUCUUCACUCAGCAGCAUAGUGAUUUCCAAAGUACCCAUUUGCUGCUAAUUAUAACCCCCUGAUGUGCCCAAACAAGAAAAUUUCCCCGUAUCAUUUCCUUUAUCUGGACAUCAAAGGGUUAAUUUGUUUUACAGGAAGUGAUUUUAAAAUUUAAACUGAAACUACCUGGUAUCAUAAUCUUCCUGUGAUUAAUUUUAUAUGUAUACAUAUACAUGUAUAUGUAUGUAUGUAUUAUUCAGUGCCAGGAAGAAAAAAAAUAUGAUAUACAAAAUCCUUUGCAUCUAAGAUAUUUCACUGUGGUUUUGGUUAUUAAUGGCUUCUCCUUUCCUUUGACUACUUGACUUACAAAGUGAUCUGAUACGACUACUCCUCUGAAGAGCAGAGGGAAUUAACCUCUUCUUUCAGAUGGUUACAUUUCUUGUGCUAUUUUUGAAAAUAACAAUCAUGAAUAACACUCACUGCAAGACAGCAAGAGAGAUAAUUUACUAUAUAUAUUGAUUCUUAAAUGCUGCCUUAACUAGUGUAUAUGAGCAGUAGUAAUUGCUAUGAACUGAUUUACCUCAAGGUGCAAAAUGAUUAAACUUGUACAUAUCCAUUUACAAAUUAAAUUCAGAGAAAAGCCCUGCACUUUCUUAGAUGCCUUGAUUUUCAUAGUAGAGCUUAGUGCUACUGAACAUGGCCAUGGAGCCGCCUCAGGAUACUCUUCCCUCCACCAUAUUUUAUUUAUUUAUAGAUGUGUGUUUACAGAGACUAUAAUAAAUCCUGGUGUUAACUAUCUGAAAGUUACUUCCUUUUUUAUUGCUGUUUCAAUCUAAAGUAGGAGCUUUUGAGAAAAUAGUCAACUAGCUUCAUGAUGCUAAAGGGGUGAUUCUAUAUAUAUAUAUAUAUUUUAAUAAUAGAUAUGCAAAAGUGACAUCCAAGGUCUUUAAACAUUGUGUGAAUUUUCAUGUAUGUGUAUGAAAACACUCUUAAUUCUCAACUUUUUUUUAACUUGUGGCGUACGUACCAAUGUUCAGAUUUGCCAAGCUUUCUAUAAGACAUGUAGGAGAAAAUGUUUUUGUGUGCUAAUGCAUGUAUUUAUAAUGAUUUGUUUACUGCUGAGAAUCACUAACUCUUGUUUCUCCAUUCCCCAAAGUGUUAGUUUCUUCCAUACACUGAAAGUGGUGGCUUGAGUGUAAGUGUUCUGGCUUCCUUUCACAAUGGCAGGUUCACAGUUCUGCAGAAAGGAUGGUCUCUGACAGUGCAUUGUCACACCGGAGCUUCCUGUUUAGGUUUCAUGAGUGUGCCGGCUCAGCAGCUCAGAAUCUGUGUCCCCACCAAAGGCUCCGGGGGCCAUACCUGAGCCAUCAGUACAACGUAAUUCAGCUCUGUUUAAUAUCUGAAAUUUAUUCAUGUAGGUUUCAUCAUUGGUUUCAUUUGUAGUGCAAACAUGUAAACUGUCUUUGUUUAGUCCAACAAUUAUUUAUUUUUAGAAAGUAAAUUUGAAGACAAAUUUUCAAAUAGUGUUCCAGUCACAAGAUCUGAUCAUUUUAAUUGUAAGGUCUCUUUUAACUUUCUAGAAAGUAAAUUGUCAAAUAAAAUCAUGUAAAAGUUAUUUUAAGAUUUUAACCUGUACUUAGAGUUUAAGCCCCAGUUCUGUGGUUUUAAUCAUAUUUUUUGCACAUUGAUUGCUUCUGUGUAGCUUUUCUUUUUGUUCCUUUGUUUAUUCAAAAUUUUUGGUUUUGUAGGGGUAAGGUGUCUUCCAGUGUUUACUAUAUUAGGCUUAAAUUAAAAUUAAGAUUUAUUGUUCAUUUAUAUAAUAUUUGAUACCUUGGUGUGAUUUCCCAAUACAGUUACAAUUUUUAUGGUAUUUAUAAUUGCAAUGGUAUUUUCUUUUGUAAUAAAAUCUGAAGUCAAUUAAACAAAUUUUAGACUUGAUAUUUUUCAUUUACAUGAAGUACAAGUCUCUACCUGAGUCUAUAAUGUGAACUUUCCUGCCUUUCACAUUUGUUUCCUAAUUAUUAGAGAAAGCUAUUUUUUGUAGAUGUUAUUGAAAGUUGAAAGAGCAAUAAAAGUCUACAUAACAGGU